AUGAAUAGAAGGCUCAUCAGUGUCUCUGCCUCUCUGGUGUCCUCUGAGAACCUAAAGAACCCAGACUUUGUAAGCGAAGGUGGGUUUGGCACAGUGCUCCGGGCACAGUAUAGGAAGUGGGACUGCGAUGCGGCUGCCAAGAUCAUGCAUUCAGACGCGAUAUCCAAGGAGGUGAAAACCAUCACAAGUCUGAAUAACCAGUACGUGUUAAGACUGCUAGGAGAGACAAAGAGCCUGCAGUAUGGCAUGUCUAGGCCAGCUCUGGUGACACAACUUAUGGAGAAUGGCUCCCUAUCCGGGCUGCUAUGCAGGGAUUGGCCAGGGCCCUGGCUGUUCCUCUGUUGCCUACUGCAGGAAGUGGUGCUUGGGAUGAAUUAUCUGCACAGUCUGAACUCAGUGCUCCUGCACUAGGACCUCAAGCCCUCCAGUGUCUUGCUAGACACAAAUCUGCAUGCCAAGGUGGCAGAUUUUGGCCUCUCCACAUUUCAGGGACCAUCACAGUCAGGAACAGGGUGUGAAACCCAGCAGCCAAGGGAUACCCUGGCUUACUUGGCUCCAGAAUUAUUGGCUGAUAUAAACAAGAAGGCUUCCAAGGCCAGUGAUGUCUACAGUAAGAUCUUUGGGAUCCUCAUAUGGGCAUUAUGAGCAGGAAGAGAACCUGAGGUAACUAAGAAGCAGAUCCAAGCCCUAAUGACUGAACUGCCUCUGUCCAGCCCUGAGACUCCAGGCUUGGAAGAACUGAAGAAGCUGAUGCAGCGCAGCUGGAGCCAUGAGCCCGGUGACAGGGCUCCUCUUCCCAGAAUGCCAGGAAACAACCAAAAAGGCCUGUUGGGGGCACAUGGCAAUGUGGAUGCUGCCAUCCUGGAACACCGGAUCUGUGAGCCUCUCAGUACUGUUGCUGCUAUGGCGGCCAAAAUUGUCUCCCAGCACAAAACCCCAGAUAUCAGCUGUUACUUUUCCUGA